CCCGGUGCUCAGGCCGCCCCAGCACUCCGCGCUGGGUGGGGGGAGUGGGCCGCAGUCCGCAGCGUUUGGGACUUGAAGUCACCUGGGCGUGGGAGAAGGGACUGACUGCCUGGAAGGAAUUCAGGCGUAGGGUGUGUGGAGUACUUCCCUGCCAGGCAUCUGUUUCCACAGAGGCUCAAGUGGCUGGGGGGGGAGCUAAGGAUGUGUCAGGGAGGCACCAAGGUUGUUCCAGCCCUGGUGCGCGGGCUUGGGGUAUGGAACUUUGCCUUUGAGGUAUGCCUCAUAUGAUUGUUUGGGUUUUUUUUUUUUUUUCCUAAAGGUGUAGCAGUCCUUAAACUUUUUGUGCUUAUGAGCUUAGUGGAGGCACUUUUGCAUUUGACCUAAUAUCCUGUGCGGCCUUCAGCAUCAACCAUGUUUAGCAGCAAUUUAACCUAAAAGCUCCUUGUUACUGAACAAAGAUCUAGGCAGAUAAUAAAACAACGUUGUAAAUCAUUCCUGAGUGUCGUAUUCAGGGCUUUUUGUUAACUAAAACCUGUACUGAAUGGAAAAUAGGGUAUGUGGAGAAUAAGGAAAAGCAUGUUAAAAGUCAACCUUUAAAUACCUACAUAUCCAACCUUAAUUAUGCCUUCCAGAAACACAGCCUCUACCUCACCGUAUACUUGCAUACGCUUUUAUCUGUGUGCUUAUGGUAAAAGUGAUGACCUGCAACGAAGUAUAAGUCCAGCACGUUAAGUAUGUGAUUCUGUGAAGUACUCUGAGAGCUAAACUUCAGAUUCCUUGUCCCUUGUGAGUUCUCUGGUUCGCUUGGUUGCUUAUUUGGUGUAUGUAAAUUUGUGGUGUGUACAUAGAAGGUGUUUCUGGUUUAUAUCAGGAGGGUACGUUGACAUCUAUCUGAUACUAGACUGGUGAAUGGGAAGAAGGUCCCAUCUCUGGCCUGUUUAUGGAAGCUGGGAUGAGGAAGGCACUGCAGUGGGAGCAUGCUGUGGUACAGGGUUGAAGCUCCAGCCCAUAUGUGAUAGUUAUAGAGCAAUUGGAAGGGUUACGUGCAGAGUUCUGGUGAAGAUGGAAGAAUCUCAUUUCAACUCCUCCCCGUACUUCUGGCCAGCGGUGCCCACCGUCUCGGGACAGAUUGAAAACACCAUGUUUAUUAACAAGAUGAAGGAGCAGCUAUUGCCCACAGAGAAGGGCUGCAGCCUGGCUCCCCCCCACUACCCUGCCUUGCUGACAGUACCCACCUCUGUGGCCCUACCCACUGGUAUCUCCAUGGACUCGGACACCAAGCCAGAGCAGCUGACACCGCACAGCCAAGCUCCUGUGACUCAGAACAUCACUGUGGUACCAGUGCAAUCUGCUGGGCUCAUGACAGCAGGUCCUGGUCUGGUGAUAACUUCCCCGUCAGGUUCCUUGGUGACCACAGCCUCCUCUGCCCAAACCUUUCCCAUCUCAGCCCCCAUGAUUGUCUCUGCACUGCCCCCUGGGUCCCAGGCAGCCCUCCAGGUGGUGCCUGAUCUGUCCAAGAAAGGGACAACCACCCUCUCCGAAGGUGGUGGGGGUGGUGGGGGUGGGGGAGUUGCCCCCAAACCACCCCGGGGCCGGAAGAAGAAACGAUUGCAGGAGUCGGGGCUGCCAGAGAUGAGUGACCCCUUUGUGCUGUCAAACGAGGAUGAUGAGGACCAGCACAAGGAUGGCAAGACAUACAGUUCCGUGAGCAGCGGAACUAAUGAAGCCUGGUUUCCAGCGGCUCUCUCCUGUGUGGAUUCUCUGAUGUCUAAUCAAGGGUGCCGGAUGUGUUCGCUGACCUUCUACUCCAAGUCGGAGAUGCAGAUCCACUCCAAGUCCCAUACGGAGACAAAGCCACACAAGUGUCCUCACUGCUCCAAGAGCUUCGCCAACAGCUCCUACCUGGCCCAGCACAUUCGCAUCCACUCAGGGGCCAAGCCCUACACGUGCAGCUACUGCCAGAAGGCCUUCCGCCAGCUCUCCCACCUGCAGCAGCACACACGUAUCCACACCGGGGACCGACCCUACAAAUGCGCUCACCCUGGGUGUGAAAAGGCUUUCACCCAGCUUUCCAACCUGCAGUCCCACAGACGGCAGCACAACAAAGACAAACCUUUCAAGUGCCACAACUGCCACCGCGCGUACACGGAUGCUGCCUCGUUGGAGGUACACCUGGCUACGCACACGGUGAAACACGCCAAGGUCUAUACCUGCUCCAUCUGCAGCCGGGCCUACACCUCGGAGACGUACCUGAUGAAGCACAUGCGGAAACACAACAUCCCCGACCCGCAGCAGCAAGUGGUUCAGGCCCAAGCCCAGGCCUCGCAGCAGCAGCAGCACUUCCAGCCCCAGGGGGGUGGGGCGGCAGGGGGCCCUUCUGGAGACACUAACCAACCCAACCCUCCCCCCCAGUGCUCCUUUGACCUGACUCCUUACAAGACUUCAGAGCAUCACAAGGACAUCUGCCUCACUGUCAGCACCAGCGCCAUCCAAGUGGAGCACCUCUCCAGCUCCUAGAGAGACCUCGACCCAGGGAGCAGAAAGCCUCUUGUGCAUAGCCUGUGCCCAGGGGCACUGCUUGUGCAGCAGCCCUCCUCGUGCAACAGUCUCCGGCCUCUCCUCCUGCAACAGCCUCUUCUGGCCGUGUAACCCUGUUCAUGGCAGCCCCUUGAAGAACAGCCUGUCUCAAGGGGGUGCUCCUUCUGUGCAACAGACUGCCUGGUAGGAGGAUGCUUCCUUGUGCAAGAGCCCCUUUCCUGUGCUGGGAUCACUUCCUCAUGCAAGAGCCCCUCCUUUCAAACCCAAAGAAAAGGCCCAUGUUUUGCCUUCUCUCUCACUGUAGGAUGUGUAUGAAGGGGGGGUGCCUGUGAGACAUGCAUGGUGGAUGGGAUGGAGAGAGGGUCCUUGUAUGUACAGGGGCUCGGACACGUUUUCCGCAGGCCACAGAAGAAUGUGGCAAGGUUCACAGCUAGAUGGGUUUUUUUGAGGAUUUCCUUGAGUGUCUAAGAGAGAAAUAUCCAUUCCUGUCCCUCCUGCUUGUGAAAGGGAGGAGGGGUCGCUCGUCCUGCCCCGAGGACUGGAUGGGAGAAACCCCCUUCUCCCCAGUGGAAGGUGAGACUGGGGGGAGACGUAAGGUGUAUUCUCUGGACCUGACAGGUGCCUAAACUGCCUGAGGGCUGUGGAGUAUUGCACUGUUUCUCCUCCCUUGUGGAGAGCAAUAGAGAGGAGUCUGAACCGGCUGCUCCUUCUCUCCCAGCUGUCUGAGCAGCAUGAUGGCCAAGGCCCUGUAGGAGUGUGGGUUCCUGCUCAUUGCUCUUCCUGCCCAUUGUGGAUGAUGUACUAGCAGCUUGUACUCCUCCUCCUCUCCCUCCUUCUUCCCCCCACCUCCUCAAAAGAGCCUGCAGGCAUCAACAACAAACCAAAAAGCAACUGGAGGGUGGGUAAGAGACUGCCAAAAUAAUCAUCACCCUUCUUUCUACUCCUUUCCCUGAAAGGCGGAACAGCAGUUCUGACUGUGGCACACCUGUUCUGCCCCCAGUUUCCCAAAGGGAAGGAGGAGGAGGAAUUGACCAGUCUUUUCAAGGAGUCAGCAGGAGGCAGGGAAAGGCUAGCUUCUCCUGCUCACCUCCCAUCAGAAUGCUCUCCCAGGUUCCCUCUUGCCAAGACGGGCUGGACUCACAUGGCAGUGGUGGCCUCUUCUGGACCCUGAUCAUGGGAGAGAAUCCCCAAAAGGUGGACAGUGGAGAGAAGGGGAUGAAGAUCCCCACAGAGAGACCAAUCUAAUGAGAAGGGGGAGCCAACAAGAAUAAACUGAAGGCCCCUUGAAUUUAUAUAUAUAUAUAUAUAUAAAUAUCCCUUCCCCACCCCGGCCCGCUCUGUCCUUGCUGUAACUGUUUCUAUCUCUGUGUUUAUAAAACGCAUAAUCCUGGAGAAUUUUUAUUUUCAAUCUUUGUUUGUUUUUCCCUCUCUCUUCGUCUUCAAUUCUCCUUCCCUUUUUUUUGGUCCACAUGACUACUGGUCUUGUGUCACUUGUUAGUUUAUUUGGAUCAUGGAGGCUGACUCAGAAGAGAAUGAGAAGGCAAGGGAAACAGCAUGUGUUGUUGGGAUUUAAAAACAAUCACCCACCCAAAGCCUACAGAAUCCCAGACUUCUGUAUGAACAACCAAUAGGGGCUUUUUUUACCACCUUGUAUAGAAAUAAAUUGGUGUAAAAGGCUUCAUGGAGGUGCUGCUGUGAGCACCCGGCCCCUGUGACGUGUUUUCCUUCCCCGUGCACCAGAACACUGCAUGAGCAUCUUGUUGCUGUGAGUCCUGAGCGGCUGUGUGAAUGCGACAAUAGCGCAUCCCUGCCUAUGGGCAGCCUAGUGGCUCUGACAAGGCAAGCUAGGAGCUCUGCCCUUCGCACUCUGCACGUGUGUAGCCUGUGGCAGAGAACUGUUUCUGUGCGCUUAGUCACCAGACUUGGCUGCAAAUGGUUGAAGUGUUUCAUAGAUUCAUAGUUUAGGCUAGAAGAAGCUGUCUGAUUUGACUUCCUGCAUUUCACAGGUGACCUUUCAACCCAUUUAUCCUGUAUUGAGCCCCAAUAACUAAUGUAUAUUUGAGGUAUGUGUUAGUGAAAUGCAUUGGCUUGAUUUUGAGGCACUGGGAUACAGAGAAUCUAUCCCUUCCAUUAGCAGCCUGCUUCAAGGGCUUAGUGUUCUCACUGUUUAAAUGCUGAACCUAAUUUCUCCUCCCUUGAAUUUGUCUGGCUUUGGCUUUUGGCUACUAGUUCUGGACACGUCCAUCCCAUUGAUUCAGAGAGCCUUAGAGCACAGUGGGUGUUUAUCCCCUGGCUGGGUAUUUAAACACUGUAAUACCACCUCUCAGUCUGCUUUUUGACAAGCUAACUAGAUGGAAAUCCUUAAAUCUUUCACUGUAAGGGAUUUCCUCCAGCCCAUGAAUUAUUUUUGUGUUUUCUCUUUACAUCUUGUCACAUUUUUCAGGAUCUUGUGAAAGUGUGGAUUUUGGAACCCAGUGUUCAAGCCCCAGUGCCAUGGACAAAGUCCCCCUGCCCUUUGCCUUAAGUCUGCAGAGGAUUGCAUUUGCCCUUUACUCACAGCAUUACCUGGGAGCUCAUGUUAGCUGCUUGUCUGCUAUGACUCCUAGAUCAUCUGAAGUUUCAGCUAUCCAUGACAGUGUUUUCCCCUUUCUACAGGGGUGACCUGAGUUCUUAUUUCGUAGAUACUUGAUCUUCAGUACAGUCAAAUGUAAAGUUUAUUUUGUUUGAAUCGAUCCAGCUUGCUGAUGGUCCAGAUUACUCACCACUUUGCCAGUUUUAUCACCCACAAACUGUAUCAGAUGUUAUUUUUUACGUUCAGAUCCAGGUUGAAAACGCUGUGUUGCAUCUGACCUAGACAAACUUGAAAAGCAUCAUUCAGUGCAACCUUUUAUUAGCUUCUUUUUGAGAUGUGCAGGCUAGGCAUUUCUUAAUCCUUUUAAUACAUGCUCUGUUGAUUAUGUACAGUAAAUUUUUUUGACUUAUGGUGCUAGGUCAAUGCCUUACAAAAAUUUACGUAUGUUGCACCUAUGCAGUCCCCUUUGUCAUACCAAAUGUAUAAUAAUGUCAUCAAAUAAUGAAAUUAGGGUUUGGCCUUUUUUUUUUUUUAAACAAAAUCUAUAUUUCAUAAAACCAAGUUGAUUGUUUGGAUUAUAGGUUAUAUUCUUUGUUCACUAAUUCCUCAUCUCAACAGCUUUUCCAUUAUUUUGCCUCAGACUAAUGUCAAGUUUAUGACAUUGAGUCAUUUCAUUUGCCUUUUGGGAAUACUGUCGUGAAUGUCUUAAUGGUAUUUCUCUAAUAUCCCAAGAUUAAUUAAAAUUGGAAUCAAUGGGCUAGAAAGCUUGUUAGUUAACUCUUUUAGGACUCCUUGUUGUUUGCUGGCUUAAAAAUAUAUAUCCCUAGUAGAUAUUGUCUAAUCUCCUACUUUGACACUAAGGUACUGGAGAUAAAUUGCUAUUUUCAAACUA